CUCUUCAAGUUCUUUCCCCUCUCCCCCUCCUUAUUUACAGCCCCUGGCGACCGCGGUUCCCCUGCUUCACCCGCGGUUCAUAGUCGAUCUUCCUUGACACUAUACAUUCUCGUCUGUACAAAAAACAGCAAGAACACACCAGUAUUGGCAAGCGCCAGCCAUCCAAAGCCGCUGUACCAUCAACAAACCAACAACCACAACAACCACAACAGCCACAACAUCGUCUAAACAAUACCCAUCCAAAUAGUACAAACAGCGUUUGCCAUCACGGACCCUGUUGUACACAUAGCAAACCCGCAGCUCCUUUCCCAUCAGCUUCCCAGAAAACGCUACUCAGCAUCGACUUGUUGACAAGGUUGAACACACCUUUCGCGAUCCCCUUCACACCUUUUUAUAUUCCUUUUUGGUGUAUAACUCGAAAAAAAAAAUACUUUUAUCGUCUUCCAUCCUCUAUUCAUCUAUAAAAACCUCUUUAAGCAGCCCAUCAUGGUAAAACUCAAUCCAUUCCGCUCCGUUCACGAGGGCAGCACGACUAACAGCAGUAUCAGUACUGUGCAGGACAAGACAGCACACCACAAGCGCCCUGCGUCCUCGAGACGAUCGUCGUACGAAUCUGCGACCCAGGGCAACGGUGUUGUUCUUGCUAAGAACGAACGCUACGACGCCACGCACGAUCACGGCCACCACAGCCGCCCCGCAUCCGUCAAUGCCACGUUUGAUGGUGGCAUUGUCAUGGAAUCUGGUUUCCGCGGCUACCUUGUCGUCUUUGGCGGUUUUUUGAUCAUCAUGGCUGCCAUCGGAUAUGUCUCCAUCUAUGGCAUUUUCCAGUCCCAAUACAAUGACAUCUACGGCGCCAAGGGCCAAUCCCAGUCAAGCAUCUCCUUCGUCGGCUCUCUGGCUGUAGGCUUCCAGUUUGGCUUUACUAUCAUUUCUGGCCCAGUCAUGAAUCGAUUCGGCCACAAGGUCAUCCUCUGGUCCGGCACCAUCAUUGGCUCGCUCGGUCUAUUGCUUGCGUCCUGGGGUACCGAACUCUGGCACCUUUAUCUGACUCAGGGUGUGAUGUUUGGCAUUGGUGUCUCGCUCCUGAACCUCGCUGCCACCGCCAUUCCUCCUCUCUGGUAUGACAAACACCGUGGCAUGGCCAUGGGAAUCUGCUUCUGCGGCGCCGGUAUCGGUGGUCUCGCGUUCGGAUUCAUCAUCCCGGCAUUGAUCAACGCCGUCGGCAUCUACUGGACCUUGAGAAUCUACGCUAUCUUCCACUUUGUAUGCACUGCCUUUGCCUCGCUCGUGAUGCGCGCACCCCGCCAGCUGGCCGGUCCUCCAAUUGAUACCCGCAAAGACACCAUCAAUCUCGGGAUUCUUAAGGACCCUGGCUUCAUGCUCUGGUUCUUCAGUGCUGCUCUGUUUGGCUUCGCCUACAUCAUUCCCUUCACUUACGUGCCGUCGUAUGCCAAGGACAUUGUGGGCCUCGAUCCCAACAUCCAGGGUGGCCAAUUGCUCUCGAUUAUGUCGGCCGCCAAUGCUGUAGGACGUAUCGUCAUUGGUGUCUGCGGCGAUCGUCUUGGCGCCAUCCGCGUGGCUGCCUUCUCGUUUAUUGCAGCUGGUGUGUCAUGCUUUAUCUGGAUGUUUGCGCAUUCGUAUGGAGCGCUGGUUGGAUUUUCUAUCAUGUAUGGCUUCUUCUCGGGUGCGUUCUUUACGUUGGUCGCAUCGAUCACUGCUAAUAUUGUUGGCUUGACCCACCUGGGAUCCGGUCUCACGGUCAUCUUCUUGACGAACACUCCUGGAAACCUGUUCACGCUUCCCAUUGCUGGCAGGAUCAUCGAGGGCGCGGGCGAAUAUAAGAACAUGAUUGGAUACAAUGCUGCGAUGUAUCUCGCAUCCGGUGCGCUACUCUUGGUCCUCAUGUUCUACAACCACCACACCAAGCGAGUCGACGCAGUCUAAGACGCGCACGCAUACGGGACGCGGUUCAUAACGCAAGGUGCCCUAUAAUUUUAU